UAAUGUUGAGUAAAGCAGUAGCAAUGAAUGUUUCAAAUUCGAGCAGAGAAUUGAAGGCGUUGAUGGAUUUCGGAUGGCCUUAUAUCAACUCAGCUCAUCAGUGCCACUGGAAAGGCAUUACCUGUGACGAUCAUGGCCGCGUUGCACAGAUAAGCCUGCAAUCUAAAGUUGGAUGCGAUGAUAAACCUUGGAACUGCCACGAUGUUGGCUAUUUGGAUCCGCUUGUUUUCACAUCAGUCACUAGCAUUCAUCUCACCUCAUGCGGUCUCUACGGAUUUAUCCCAGAAGAAAUAGGUUCCCUCUCUAAUCUAUCUUAUCUCAAUUUGUCGAAUAAUCAACUCAAUUCCCAACUGCCUCUUUCAUUGUCUACUCUGAGGGAGUUACGCGUUCUGGACAUUUCUGAUAACUAUUACAUUAAUGGUGUCAUUCCACCUGAAAUAGGUAGCUUAUCCAAACUUACUCAUCUCGAUUUGUCACACAACUACCUUAUGAGUGAGCUACCUCUUUCAUUAGCAAAUCUGAGUGAGUUACAUGUACUUGACAUUUCUUAUGGCUAUGAUAUUAGUGGUCUCAUUCCACCUUACAUAGGAAGUUUAUCCAAACUUACUCAUCUCGAUCUGUCUUACAAUCAACUCCAAAGUGAGCUGCCUCUUUCACUGGCAAAUCUCACUAACUUAGAGGUUCUUGACAUAUCUAAUAACCGUGGCAUUCAUGGGGUCAUUCCACAUAACAUAGGAGCUUUAUCCAAACUUACUCAUCUCGAUUUGUCUCGCAAUCAACUCCAAAGUGAGCUGCCUCGUUCACUAUCAAAUCUCAUUAACUUAGAGGUGCUUCUCAUUUCUUCUAAUUACAUCAAUGGCUCUCUGCCUGCAAAUAUGAGCCAAUUAACAAGAUUGGAAAUCUUGAAUUUGGAUGGCAAUAGAUUGGAAGGUGCUUUUGGAGCAGGAAUACACAUGCUUUCUUGUAUAACAACCAUAGGCCUCAGUAGGAAUUCAAUCAAAGAACAGAUACCUCUACAGUUUGGAUAUGUUGCUAAUGCACAAUUUCUCAAUAUCGAUCUUUCUUGGAACAAUCUUUUUGGUGAAGUCCCUGAAUCUAUUUCACGAUUAGAUGGACUCGAUUUGUCCUACAAUAAUUUACAGGGCCACAUUCCACCCAACGUAUGGGAUAAGUUUCCAAUAUACACGUUCAGUGGAAACCCGAAGUUAAUUCCUCCAGUUGCUCCUAAGGGAUCAAGCAUUAAGGUGAAAAUUAUUUGGUAUUUACUCCCAGUAGUUGUUGUUUUUAUAUUCUGGGGGAUCUAUUUAAUAUUCUCCAAAAUGGGAAGGAAAGAAACCUCCAAAGUCACACCUGAUCUCCAACAUGGUGACAUAUUCAAGAUUUGGAACUUUGAUGGCAACAUCGCCUAUCAAGACAUCAUCGAAGCAACUGCAGACUUUGACUUGAGAUACUGCAUUGGAACUGGAGGCUAUGGGAGCGUCUACAGAGCUCUACUGCCUACUGGAAAAGUUGUUGCUGUUAAGAAGCUUCACAGAUUUGAAGGUGAUAAUCCGACCUUUGACACCUCAUUUAAGAAUGAAGCCAAGGUUCUCUCUCAGAUUCGCCAUCGCCAUAUUGUCAAGCUAUUUGGCUUUUGUCUGCACCAACGGAGCAUGUUUCUCAUCUACGACUACAUGGAAAGAGGAAGCCUCUUCAGUGUGUUGAAGGAUGAAGACGAAGCGGUGGAACUGAACUGGAAGAAGAGGGUAAAUGUGGUGAAGGGCAUUGCAAAUGCACUGUUUUACAUGCAUCACGAUUGCAGCCCUCCUAUUCUACACAGAGACGUAUCAAGCAGCAACAUACUCUUGGAUUCAGAGUUUGAAGGAUGUUUAUCUGACUUUGGGACAGCAAGAUUGUUGGAUCCAGAUUCAUCCAAUCAAACAAUACUCGUGGGAACUCGGGGCUAUAUUGCACCAGAGUUGGCCUUCACAAUGGCGGUUACAGAAAAAUGUGAUGUGUACAGCUUUGGAGUUUUGGCAUUGGAAGUCAUGUUUGGAGAUCAUCCAGGGGAUUUCGUUUCCUCCAUGAUGAUGAUGAAGAGAUCGACACAGUUUGCUCAAAACAUGAUGGUGCAACAACUCAUGGACAAGAGGCUACCAUCUCCGGAUGAAGAUGUAAGAGUGUCGAGGGAAGUGGCUGGAGUGGUUAAAACAGCACUGAAAUGCAUUAGCUCUGAUCCGAAGUCGAGGCCGCCAAUGAAGGAGGUGGCUCAAGAACUUGCUAAGCAUCCACCAGGAUUGCCAAUGCCAUUCCGCUCCAUAUCAGUGCUUCAUCUCAUGCACUCAGACUGAGCUCACAACUCACAAUUGCUUCUUUUGUAAUAAGUAUUUAGAUGUUCAGCAGCCAUAAAUGUCUCUAUUUCCUCUGUUUACGUAUCAAGAUUAAAUAUAUGUAUCUUUGGAUUUAUACUAGGGUUUUUGGCUUUUAAAAUCAAAACCUUUCCCCGAA